GUUAUCUGCUCAUACCUCUAGACUUGGCCUCUAAGGUCACCAACUGCUGCAAGCGACUGAAAGCAACUAUUAUCACUGCCGGUAGUGCCAGAAACUGGGGAAAGGACAAUAUUUUACCAGACGAAAAACUAAAUUACCAUGAAGUCGACAUGUCUGCUUAUCCUUGCAUCUCUAACGGUCUGCAACUUGAUGGUGUCUGGAGGACAGAGCAUGUCUGCUGAGGAUGAGACUGACCGAAAGACCAUAGACGACAUUAUUUUAGAGAGAGCAGAGACUCUCCUGUUACGGUCCAUUCUCAAAAAGCUGCAGGAUGAAGACGGAAGAAAUGACGGCUAUUACUCUCAGCCAGAAUGGGUGACAAAACGACAGCACCCUGGUAAGAGAUAUAGUGAUGAUUUGGAGAAGCGGCAGCAUCCAGGAAGGAGAGAAGAGGACGAGGAUGAACAGUACUUUGAUGUUCAAAAAAGACAGCACCCGGGCAAGCGCGAAGAUGAAACGCACUCUUUCCUAGAGCUGCAGAAAAGGCAGCACCCGGGAAAGCGCUCCACGGCGGGUCACAGUUCUGACAACCCCAUCCUCCUGCUCAGUGAACUUUCAAAACGGCAACACCCAGGCAAGCGUUACCUGGUGCUGCACAGCAAACGCCAGCACCCAGGUAAGCGUCUUCUAGAGGAUGAGGACGGCGACGGGGAUGCGGACGCGGAUGGAGAAGAAGACCUCGCUGAGAUGGAAAAGCGUCAGCACCCUGGGAAACGGUUUUGGGAUAACUCGAGUCCGGAUUUAGGCACAAACAGUCCGUGUGACGUUUUGGACCCUGCGAGCUGCAGCAAGACCAGCCUGCUGCUCGACUUUUUAGACAACGUUAACAAGGGCCACGGUGAGGAGAAGAGACAACACCCGGGUAAAAGGUUUGCAGUGGAUGGAGAGUAGAUUAGACAGGAGUGCGUAUUUCGCUGUGUUGUAAACAAAUAAAUGUACAAAUUAAAUGACCACAAUGAAUUAUAAAAAAUGAAAAAAAGAUCAUUAAA